AUGGGAUGGGUGGAAGUGAUCAAAGGCUAUUGGUCUCCAAUCGACGCCAUAAUCACUGUUUUAAUCGUUAUUGCCAGUGUCGUCAUUGCACUAGCUCUGCUAGGAUCACUUGCGUCAGUAUGUCGCUGGCGUUUGGGCCUGUGUAUUUAUUCAAAUGUGAUCAUUGUGAUCUUUAUAUUGUUUGUCUUUGUAUCUGGCGCAGCCUUAUCGCUACGUCAUCAGGCCGCCACUUGGGAAGGCUCGACGUUUCCGGCCAGCAGCAAUGAGAAAAUCGUGAAAGAAAACUUCGACCAAGCCUUUUGUUAUGCGCAAGGUGCAUUUGUUUGUAACCAAGCAUCAGUCUCGGACGCGCUUGCGAUGUUUGUACCGACACUUGACCUGUCCACUCUAUCGCACUUCAAGAACAUGUCCGGCGGUGUUUACGCCUUAUGCGACGACCAUUCGGGUGACUUCGACAUGCUGUCAAGCUUAUGUAAGGGAUGCGAUCAAGCAUGGCAAUUCAAAACCUUUUCGUCUCUACUUGAUUGGGCGGACGAAAAAUGCCCUAGAUCCUUAGAAACUUGGAUCUGGUGUGGGAUUUUCCUCAACACUGGGGAGACAAGCACUUCGCAUGGAACGGCUCCCUAUACUGAAUGCCGGGCGGAAUUUCUGGAUUUGGUGAAAAAACACUCAUUUUGGCUUGGUGUCUGUAGCAUUAUCGUGUGUACAGACGCAAUCAUGGUUUUGACAUUUGCCUGUAUUCUGCGGCGUCGUGACCGUCAACCCACUUCCUUAGUAAUGCUUUCGGUUUACGGGCGCAUUUAA